CCCCGUCAAAUCGCCAGCUAAUGUAUUAUUGUUGUUCACUCGUUAUCAAUGUUUUUGGGGAAUGAAAAUACGACAGUAGUGAGGGACACGAAUUGUCGAUUGCGCAUAAAAAAUGGGUAAUUACUGGCAUCUCAAACGGUCGAUGGGGCCAUUAUCAAACAUUUGAAUGACGAUGACGAGGCGUUGAUCGUCGUAACAGUGAUGACAAUCAAUUGACGUGAGAGAUCAAAAUCAAGGGUCUCUCCCCCGACUUCCCCGGGAGCCUUCCCCAAAAAAAUGGAAGACUACACCCCGGUGGAGGAGGACUUCCCCGGUCGUUUGCUCCACCAGGCAGCCCUGUGGGACAACGCCGAGCUCCUGGAGGACCUCCUCCGAGGCGAUCACUCCCAAUACAUAAACAGCCAAGACUCGUGGGGUCGCACAGCGCUCCACGCCGCGGCGAUAACCGAGAACUCGCGUUGCUUAGUAGUCCUCCUCUCGAACGGCGCGAACCCUAACAUUCCCUGCGGCCCUCGAGGUCAGCAUCGCACAGCCCUCCACAUCUGUACCGAUCACGGUCACAGUGAGAACAUCACAAUGCUCCUGGAGCACAACGUGAACCUCUCUGUCCGCGACAGCAACGGUUUGACCCCGCAGGACAUCGCGGCCAAGAAUAGCGAUAAGAAAUCCAUAGCCCUCCUAACCGAAGCCUCCGAAAAGUACGAACUCCUCCGGUUGGCGACCCACGCGUCCCUCCGAGCAGCUUGUCUGCAGAGUGACACAAUAUCCGCGAGAACCAUAAUCCAAAGUUCCUCCGAACCCCUCGAAACCAUCGUAAACAUGGCGCCAAACGGUGCAAACACCCUCCUCUUCAUCGCCUGCGAAAUGGGUCACAAAGACAUCGUGCGCCUGUUGUUAGACCACGGAGCUGACUGUCGAAGCCACCCAAUGACCAAAUACACGCCCUUGUACAUCGCUUGCUACAACGGAAAGCUGGAGAUUGUCGAUCUCCUCCUUCGUCACUUUCCCAAGCAAAUUCAGUCCCUGACGGUCGAACGCUGGCUGCCCAUCCACGCGGCGACGAUCAACGGUCACUCGUCUGUCGUAGACCUUCUUCUAAGGUUCGAGUACCCCCAGCACUUGUGUCUAAGGUUCAAAGAUCCCUCCGGGGAGUUCGAGUACGACAUGCCCUUCGAUGUUAACACACAAGACGUGACGGGCCAGAACGUCCUCUACAUCGCGAGUACGUUAGGUAAUCUCAAGAUAGUCGAAACUCUCUUGGGGUACAAAGUCAAAUCCGUGAAGAUCAAUGAGGAAGAGCCUCAGCCGACCUCGGAACAGCUCCCCAUAGCCAAACGCAGGAUAUCCACGGGGAUCCAAAGGCUCAUGUCUUCUCUUAACUUCAGGAGCAAGACUUCCGAGCAGAAGAAGGACGACAACUUGAUCUGUCCUUUACAGCUCGAUAUCUAUUGCAACAACAGCACUGAGACUGCACUUCAUGCUGCUGUUAAGGCUGGACACACAGAAGUCGUAGCAAUCUUGUUGCAAUCUGGCAGCAAUCCAAAUUUGCCGAUCAAGACGUACAGUCGAUCCUCUGCGAAUAAGUCUGAAGGUGAAACCGAGGCUGUGAAUGAUCUCACUAUUUUGACGAUAGCUUGUCACAAUAGAGACGUAAAAAUAGCGGAUUUGUUGUUAAAGUAUGGAGCUGUGGAUAACGAGUGUAGAGCCUUGAAAAUAGCGGCUCAAAACGGUGAUGAGAUACUCACAGCCAAGUUGCUGUCGAUCAAGGCGCACCCUGAUCCUGACUACAAGAUAAAUAAGAAAGCGAUGACUGAGGGAACGCAAACCUCUCACUUCUCAGCCCUCUCCAGCUUUGGUAACGUAACUUAUCCCUCUUUAUUUCCCAAUACCCCUACCAUGAUCAACUGGCACGAUCAGCAGUGCAGAUUGUCUCAGAUAAGAACCCAGUGGCUGAUCGACGCAGUCCUCCACGUGAACAAGAAGCUCAGUGGAAAGAACAAUGACCUCGCACUUUACGCAAUAACGCGAAUUGAUAUAUCUCACAACUCCAUCACCACGAUACCGUCCAUGAUAUUCUACCUGCAGAGCUUAAAGUACCUCAACAUGGCGCAGAAUAAGAUAGACACUCUCUCCGAGAAACUUGAAACCGACAAGAGGCCGAGAGACGGAAGGGACAAAUUGUCCCCAGUUCUGGAGGAGAUGUACCUGCAGGACAAUCGUCUGGAGAAGCUUCCAGAGUUUCUGAUGGUUCUGCCCGCGUUGGAGAUUCUCGACGUCUCGAAUAACAAGCUUCAACGCCUGCCAGACAAUCUCUGGAGGGCGCCGAAGCUCAAGGAACUCAACGCUUCCUUCAAUCUCCUUCGAGAUCUGCCCAGCCAGGUCUCCCAGAACAUCUCCACACGAAGGGACAUGGGCCUGUCAAGCACCAAUAACUUCGAGUUCUCCUCAAGACCCCCCACAAGCAACAGCACUCACGAAGGACUUGAAAUCACCGCAAUGACUAGAGACGAUUCAGCGGAAUUUGACUCUUUCACGAAAUUGACAAACGCUCAGAUAAUAGAAAUGGAUAGGCCGCACGUGUGGACAAAGUCAGUGAGAGUAUCCGAGAAGAUAAACGAUGACUCAGAGCCAGGUGCACGCUCAGUCCUGACGUCGCUGAACCUUGCGCAUAAUUUGUUUAAUAGUAUUCCGGUUGCUUUGCCCUGUCUUGCAGUUAGUUUAGUGAGAUUAAACAUGGCUUAUAAUUCAUUACGAUCGAUGAGUCACAUAACUUCUUACCCAGCGAGCCUCAAGCAGCUGGAUUUAUCCAACAAUCAGAUAUCCUGUUGGCCGAGUUUACCACAGGUGGACCCCAGCUGCGCUGACUCCAUGGAGCAAGCCUCCACCGCAUGCUAUUGUCCCUCGACAAACAUCCAAUCACCGAUAAUGAACUCUGUUGCUAGUAACAGAUCGAGCUGUGUGGGUGCGUCCUUGAGGGACAUCGUUCUCAUGUCUGUUUGCAAUCACAGGAGACACUUGAGACUCGAAAACUUGAGGACUUUGGUUCUCGCGAACAAUCUGUUGACUAGAAUUCAAUUGACAUCGGUUGAUGAUGGAGAGAACACCAUUGGAUUCGACGAGAAUGGUAGGGUUUACUAUUACAGCGAUAGCGAUCGUCACAGCGAGUCUGAUCGCGAGAGUAAAUUGUCGAAGAACUCGGCAACAAUGUCCGCGCAAGCUCAGCAGAAUCAGUACUCAAAGCUCUACCUUCUGUUUCCCAACGUCAGUAUGUUGGACGUGAGCAAUAAUAGUCUGAAGGAAAUACCCCAGAACAUUUACGAACUGAGUAAUCUGUCUGUUCUGAACAUAAGUGGAAACACUGAGAUCAGUGAGCUGCCCCCGCAGAUGGGUCUACUCUCUCGUCUGUGGAAUCUCAACACUCAGGGCUGUAAACUCCAGGAGCCCUUGAAGACGAUGAUAGAGUCGAAGAAGUACAAGACGAUGGACGUCGUGGGGUACCUGAAAUCGAUCCUAGAAGACGCGAAGCCCUACGCAAGGAUGAAACUGAUGAUUGUGGGGAUUCAGGGGAUAGGGAAGACUAGUUUGCUCGAGCAACUACGUCAGGAGGGCGAGGUGCCUAAUAAGAAGAGAUCUGCGGAGCACUGGGCCAAGCGAAUGGGGAAUAAGAACAUCAAUACGAAGACAGCUAGGGGUACAACGAUAUCAACCGUUGGGGUGGACAUUGGUGACUGGAUUUACGAGAAAAAGGUGCGGGGACAGUCGUCACAUGGUGCCGUGUACUUCAGGACAUGGGACUUUGGUGGACAAAAAGAGUAUUAUGCUACUCACCAGUAUUUCUUGUCGAAACGAAGUUUGUACCUGGUCGUCUGGAAGAUAACAGAUGGGUUCAAAGGGGUCUUCGAGAUAUUCCAGUGGCUCGUGAACAUCCAGAGUAGAGCUCCAAACUCUCCAGUGAUAAUCGUAGGAACCCACUACGACGUUUCCAACGAACAAAGCGAAGUUCUCCAACAGUACAUCAGGGACAAAUUCAUAAACGUCGUUGAUGCUGAGAAGUGUGGCCUCCCCAAGGUCAUGGAGACCAUUGAGGUGAGCUGCAAGACCCGUCACAACAUCAAGAUGCUGUGUAACCUGGUUUACGAUGUUGUGUUUAGUCUCAAGUCUCCAGGAAGCAAGGAACUGCUGCUGGAGCAGAGAGUUCCGGCCAGUUAUCUAGCCCUCGAGGACGUUGUCGUCCAAUUGGCGCAUGAUAGAAAGCUCUCCGGGGCUGAUCCCGUUCUCAGAGCUGACCAGUAUUACGCAGCUGUUAAUAACGAACUCCAGAAGCUGCAUAAAUCCUUCAGGGAUCUUGCGGAACUCCACCAGGCGACGCUGUUUCUACACGAGAAUGGGAUAAUCCUUCAUUACGAUGAUGCCACCCUCAAGGACCUUUAUUUUCUGGAUCCUCAGUGGCUCUGCGACAUGCUCGCUCACGUCGUCACCAUCCGGGAGAUCAAUCCCUUCGCAAGGGCUGGGAUCAUGAAGCUGGAUGACAUUCAACACGUGUUCAAAUCGUCCACGAUAUCCUCGGUAGACACUCAGGGGUACAUCGUGAGCCUUCUCAACAAAUUCGAGGUUGCUCUCACCUGGGAUUAUCGAACCCUCUUGAUACCUUCUCUACUACCAACCGAGGAAGACAUUCAGAGGAACAACCAGAUCAUCAAGAUCCCGUUGAAGUCCAGGGGUUGGCAUGUCAGGACGAAGAAAAUAACAUCUCCAACUAGUGUCCUUGACUCUAUGAUCGGGGACAGGAGAAACAGCCGGCAUUUGGAUCUCACUCGUAACAACAAAACAUCAACCCUGACAUCUAGACCUCAGCCCGACUGCUCAGUAACGAGACUACUACUGAUGUCGUAUUUUCCAAGUGGUUUCUGGUCCAGAUUGAUCACCAGGAUCCUCGCCGACGAUACCAUCGUCGACAUCGUGAUGUCCUUCAUAACCCCUUUCAAAGAUUUCGUUGACGAGAAUAUAUUCUCAACUCUAUUGGAUAACAAUGCCGAAUGGAUCGUCUGGCAGACUGGCCUAGAGCUACGUUACGCAGGGAUUACAUUGUUAAGGCUCAAAGAAGUCAACUGGAAGAUGAAGAACGCUCCCUACGACUACAGACAGUUAAAAUUCAAGUUGAAACAGGAUGGAAUCUGGUGCAGUGUGGAUUUGAAGAACUCCGCAAUUUUGGAGAUUUGGUUUCCGGUGGAUACUCUAGUAAUAAAGCAGCCGAUAAUAUCUGCCUUGUCCCCAGAGGGGGGCGAGGAUGAGGAGCCUAUGGGGUACCAGGCUAUUGUCGUGGAGCCUCGCCCGGAGAGUAUGCCUCAACUCCUCGCCCUGAUCGUCGACCACAUUGACAUCCUCCUCGAGGACUGGUACCCCACGUUGGGAACUCGUUUCGUCCACACCUCGGAGGGAAAACUCCUGGUGACGAGGUUGAUCCCCUGCCCCAGGUGCCUCCUGAACGCCACAAACGGUAAUUCCGAUAAUGAUCGAAGUGAUCAGGAGGCGUCUGCGUCGGGGGGAUCGAUGGAGAUGCUCGCAGAGGGUGACGAGGAGACCUCCAAAUCCCCUGACGACUGCUGCACUUACCAUCAACAUCGCGAGCGCCAGAGCCAGGACAGUUACAAGUCGGAUGGUGACAGUGGAGUCGGUUACGACAGCUCUGCCUCCAGUAGGAUGCCCUCCCUCGAGGGUCACCCAGACGUGACAGCGCGUCAAUCCUCAAGUAAGAGCUUGAACACAGAAGGGAUCACUGUUUACUCGUGGAUGGUGGAGGAGUGCAUUCUGUCGGCGUACAGUAAUAAAACCAUCGCCUGCCCGAAGCACCUGGACAUUCCGCUAUCCCACGUAGCCCCGGACAUCAUCUUCAUGGACCUUGGCGCCAAGCACUUGAUUAAGUCCGACGACAUAAAGAGGGGAAGAAUGCUGGGACGCGGUGCCUUCGGAUUUGUUUUUAAAGGCUCCUGCAAAGUUUCGAGUGGAGCUCGAGGGGAGAGGAUGGACGUUGCUAUGAAGAUGCUGCAACCGGUGCCCCCGGGCCCUAAUUCAAAACCUUCGGCGGUCUUGGCCUACAAGGCAGCCCAGAGCAAGUGGGACAGAGAUCCUCUCCAGUACGCCUGCAAGGCUUACUGCACAGCCAGACAAGAACUAAACAUCUUGCUGACAUUACGACACACGAACAUUGUUCCUCUCAUCGGAAUCGUCAUCAGUCCCCUAGCUCUCGUUCUGGAUCUAGCCCCGGAGGGCGCAUUAGACAAUGUCCUGAAGAACUAUCGAAGAUCAGGGGCUAAACUAGACCCCCACACCCUCCAGUCCAUAAUCCUACAGGUCGCGAAAGCAGUGGAGUACCUCCACCAGCAACACGUCAUCUACAGAGACCUGAAGUCUGAGAAUGUUCUAGUAUGGAUGAUGCCCCAGCCGCAUCAGAGCUACCUGGAGCACCCGGUUCACGUUAAAGUCGCGGAUUACGGCAUCUCCAGGCUGACCCUGCCAUCGGGGGCUAAGGGAUUCGGUGGUACCGAAGGUUUCAUGGCACCUGAGAUAAUAAAAUACAAUGGAGAGGAGGAGUACACUGAGAAAGUUGAUUCCUUCUCCUUCGGGAUGUUCAUCUACGAGCUUGUGACCCUUCGACAGCCGUUUGAGGGGCAUGAAGCUGUGAAGGAGUGCAUCUUGGAGGGUGGUAGGCCACCUCUAUCUUACAGAGAGACCCUGUACCCUUGCUAUGUCCUCGAUUUGAUGGUCAUCUGCUGGGCGCAGAACCCUAAGGAUCGUCCCACUGCUAGUCAAAUCGUCUCGAUAGCCUCAGCCCCCGAAUUCACGCAUCUUAUUGAUGUCACGCUGUUGACUGAACGAACACACGUUACCGCGAUCACAGCGACAUCUAGACCUCCGGCGUCGGCAGGAUCUAACGAAAGCUUCUUCGCUGAUGAAAUCUGGCUGGGGCACAACAACGGGGAAGUCGACAUGCUUCUAGGGACUGAGAAAGGCUGGCUUCAGCAUGUGAGGAUCGAGACGCCGGUGAUCCCUUAUGCCAUGUCUGGGGUAGAUGGUUACAUCUGGAUUGGAGACAAUACAGGGCAGAUCCAUGUGUAUCUGGCCACCAACUUCGGUUGUGUUGCCAGCGAUUAUUUGGAGUCCGAUCAGAACCUUUAUAGGGAAUCUAAGAUCGUGGGGCUGAUUCAUCUGGAGAGCAUCAAACAGUUUGCGGUUGCUUUGCACAGCGGAAAGAUCUACCUCCUGACCAAUAAUUUCACGCAAAUGAAGAAGACGGAAGUUGUCAAGAGUGUGAAGGAGAACAUCAAGACGUACUCUUUAGCUGCUGUUCACAGGAGGAGGAGAAUCAUUGAACUCUGGGUGGGGCAGAGCUUUGGCAGGAUCUCGAUUUAUGUGAUCAAGGAGAAUGGGAAUUUAGUUGAUACUUGUGAGGUUGUUCACGUGCAGAAUGAAACCUCGAGUAAGAAUCUGUUUGCUACGUAUUUGUUGAGCGCUGAGACGUCUGUUCUUUCUUACACGUAUCCUGGGUGCAUCGUUUAUCAGUGGGACGUGGAGACGAGGCAGAUUAUCAAUAAGUUGGAUAUGUCGAAGCUGGUCCCAUGCUCAGAGAGCUUGAAGUCGAUUUCCAUCGAGGAGAACUUUACCACUGAGAGGUGCCAAGUGACUGCUCUCGAGGUCUGCAUGAAUCAGUUGUAUAUUGGGACCACCUGGGGGUGCAUUGCAGUUGCUGAGUGCAACUCCCUGAGACCCAUCACGGUUUUUAGACCCUUCGAGGGGAAGGUCUCGCAGAUUAUUGCGUUGAAGUCACCUGAUAAGAAGAGGCUGACUUUGGCGACCGUCGGGCAGGGAUACAGGAGUCUCAUCUCAAGGUACACUGAUUAUCCUAUUGAUUGUUUGCUCGCUGAAGAUCUCAGGCAUAAUAUGUACACGCUGUUGUGGCGCGCCGAGCAUUGGUCCGCUGCGUAAUUGCGGGGGUUGUUAGGAAAUUGCUGGGGGUGCUGGGUGGUUGUGAAGUGAUGGGCGGAGUGAGUCCAUUUAUCAAAAUAUGCAAUAAAAGGUAACGCAUUCACUGAUAAUUAGAAUGACUGUUGAGAAUUUGGACCAGGUUUAUGAUGAAGAAUGAAAUAUUCAGGGUUGGGAAUUUUGACGAUUGGAUUUUUUAUUUUCUGUACGAAAGAGGUGGAAUAUUGUCAUGAAUUUGGCAUAAAUGUAAGGACUCAAAGAGAUUCUCUGUUUGGGGUAAGUAGUUGGUAGUGGAGACGCAUUUACCACAACUUUGUAAAGAGGUUCUAUUUGAAUUCUAUUAAAACUUCAUUCAAAUUCUAGUAGAAUACUACUUGAAACUCAAUUUGUUUUUUGUAUCAACAUCUUGAGAAUGAUUUCUCUAUGUUUUUUUCUCUUGGAACUUGUUAUUCAUGACGAAAAGUGUGGGGUGAACCUUUGAAAACAGAU